AUGGCAAGCGAAAAAAAUAGUCCAGAUGUUAGACGUCCAGAUCAAAGUCUUGGAAUUAAUAUAUGCUUUUCACAAACUAGUCGAAUAUUUCAAGGUAGUUUACCUCCAGUGUUACUUGUACUCAUUUCUAUCCUACUACUAUGGACUAAUCAAUUAGGUACACAGAAUCUUAUUUGUACACAAUGUAUUUUAUUCUUGCUUUCAAUAACAUUUUGGUUAUGGAUCAAUGAACAACAUUUAAACAAUGCCAAAUUAUUUGGAUGUCUUAGUGUAUGGUGUUUCAUGUGUUCAAGUACCAUUUUUUUCAUCUACUUGUUUGUUUUAAUACAUCAUCGUUUGGUGUGUCGAUUUUUACAAAGAAAAUCUCAACAACUGGAUCGUUUCUCAUCAUUAGGCUUAAGUCAUAAUCACAAUAAUCAUAAUAUUAAUCAUAAUCAGAAAACAACUUCAAGUGGUUUUAAUGCCGACGGUCCAAUUCAUGAACGUAUGAUGAAUGGAUUAGGAUUGAUGCAAAAUUAUGGAUGUUGUGGCAAUUGUGAUGCAUGUCUUGAUUCGUGUACGAGUUGUUUGGCAGGAAGAACAAGUACCGGGUUUAUUUCAUCGAAUGGUACAGCUGUGGUGUGUUAUAGUAAUAGUAGUUGUGGUUUAUCUGGUGGAAGUAGUCAUGCAUGUCAAGCAAUGCCGAUAUUAUCGACAAAUCAAACAGUUAAUAAUAAUAAUAAUAAUAGUCCAGGACCGAUAGGACUUAAUCAAUCAAUGGGUUUACCAACUAAUAAGCGAGUAAGUUCAGUUAAUUAUUUUUAG